CGAAUCUAAACGAGCGGAACACUUGGGUCAUUGUCUGGCCAUGGAGUCCGAGCAGAAUUCCUUGCUUUCCGAGCUUAAUAGAAGAAUUGGCUUCGGGGCUUCCGUUGGGCGAAGCCUGCUUUACGGAACGCUCCUCCCCGUAGAGAAUCGAUAAUGUAGAUAUAGGUUAGCGCAACGAGGCCUCUAAAACAUAAACGUAUUUCAUGACACUACUGAAUGCUUCUUGGUGGUGCGACUUGGUCCAAAAUAUAUAUAUUCGAAAUAUCAGGCUGUAGCACUAGCAAGAUAGGAUGACGAUUGCUACGAGAGGCCAGGGGGUUGGAAUAGAUCCACCCGACGGUCAUCAGAACACAAUGAUACCCAAUUCGCCCGGUCAGCAGCAAUUGGCGGACACAAUGUCUAGCUUACAGAUUACUGAGAAUGUAGUACCAACCGAUUGUACCAGUGAAAUGACAACGAUUGGUACGGAGGAAAACAAUCAGCAGCGACUGGAGCCUGAUUUUCCCCAUGCCAAACUAGCUAUGCUGGAUGAAAAAAUAUCUAGUCCUAGAUGGGUAAUACCAGUUUUACCCGAACAAGAAUUGGACUGUUUGUUACAAGCCAGUAUCGAGUUAUGCAGAAAAGAACUGGACGUUCAGAGCGAGGCAUGCCAACGUUUUUUUCGGGAAGGGUUAACGAUUUCUUUUACAAAAAUUUUGACAGACGAUGCAGUCAAUACUUGGAAGUUAAACAUUCAUAAUUAUAUAAAUGCUAAUUGCCAGCGCUUAGUAGAACUUUGUGUCUUGAAAUUGGAGGAGGACUGGUUUCCUCUUCUUGAUUUACUCGCUAUGGUUUUUAAUCCUAAUAACAAAUUUCAUACGUUUAAUGCAUCACGAGCUUCGGAAACUGUACCUCCUAAUAGCAAUAUUUCCGAUGAUGAUAUAUACGCUCGGUCUCCACUAGAUACUAGAAAUCCGCGUGGCUGGCUCGUUGAUCUUAUAAACAAGUUUGGUAUGCUUCAUGGUUUCGAAACUCUGUUAAAAAGAUUUUUAAGCGAACGAAAUCUAACAGUGCCAGUUAUUUACGCAUUAAUAAAGCCUUUUGGCCUCUGCUGCGAGCUAUUAACAGUUACGACAAUUCGUAGAUAUCUGAUGCCCAUAGUGCAAAUGGUGCCUCAAAUUUUAGAUAACUUAACCGACGCAGAACUGAAAAAAGAAGCAAAGAACGAAUCUAAAAACGAUGCGAUAUCGGCUAUAAUUAAAGCAGCCAAGAGUAUAAUAUCACGAAUACCUUAUCAAGACGAAAUGAUUAAGAAUUUAGAAAUCUUAAGAUUAAAAAUGAUAUUGAGGCUUCUGCAAAUUUCCUCCUUCAACGGCAAAAUGAACGCUCUUAACGAAGUUAAUAAAUUAAUCGCGAGUGUGAUUCAUUAUACCCAUCGGGGCCCGAAUUUUGUGGACGAAGAGUGGUUGACAGUUGAGCGCAUGGCGCAAUGGAUCAAAGAAAAUGGAGUGCUGGAGAUAGUAUUGAGGGACUCAUUGCACCAGCCACAAUAUGUAGAAAAGCUGGAGAAAAUUUUACGUUUUAUUAUCAAGGAAAACGCAUUAUCUCUGGAGGAUUUGGAUGCUGUAUGGGCGGCGCAAGCUGGCAAGCACGAGGCGAUCGUGAAAAAUGUUCAUGAUUUAUUGGCUAAAGUCGCUUGGGAUUUUAAUCCGGAGCAAUUGGAUCAUCUUUUCGAGUGCUUUAAGACAAGUUGGAAAACUGCCAACAGAAAACAGCGAGAAAAGCUCCUCGAGUUGAUUCGAAGACUCGCGGAAGAUGACAAAAAUGGAGUCAUGGCUCAUAAGGUACUGAUGCUCUUUUGGAGCGUGGCCCAUUCCGAUAAGUUGCCGACGGAAAUUAUGGAUCAGGCUUUAAACGCCCAUAUCAAGAUAUUGGACUACUCUUGCUCUCAAGAGCGAGAUGCUCAGAAAACGAUAUGGCUUGACAAGUGUGUAGAAGAGUUAAAAAGUGGCGAUAAGUGGGCACUUCCUGCACUUAAGCAAAUUCGUGAAAUUUGUUGUCUUUAUGAAUCUAAUCCAAACGUGGCUCACAAUCAGCGUACUCAUCAUACAUAUUAUAGGCAAGAAGUUAUAGAGCGUCUUCAAAAUAAUCACUCCGUGGUUGUUCUUAUAACUCAGAGUUUAACAACAUAUAUGGAUAAAGUACGGCGAUUGUUUAAAGAAAAUCCAGACAUGGAUGCUAACACUUAUACUCCUGAUCGUCGUUACAAUCACAUUAUGCAAGUGCAAGAAAGGCUCAACUUUUUGAGAUUUUUAUUGAAGGAUGGCCAGUUGUGGCUUUGUGCAGAACAAGCAAAGCAAAUAUGGGAAUCUCUGGCAGAGUAUGCAGUUUUUGUAACGGACAGAGAAGCGUGCUUUAAGUGGUUUUCCAAGUUAAUGGGAGACGAACCCGAUCUUGAUCCCGGGAUUAAUAAGGACUUUUUUGAAAAUAAUAUAUUGCAAUUGGAUCCAACCUUGCUUACGGAAAGUGGUAUAAAAUGCUUUGAAAGAUUUUUCAAAGCCGUUAAUUUUAAGGAAGGGAAGUUGCAACAAACGACACGUAAAGUAUUGAUGGAUGAUGUCGAUUUAAUUGGAACGGAAUAUCUGUGGCGGGUGGUUACCAACAGCCCCGAAGAAAUAGCAAAUCGAGGUAUAGAGCUUUUAAAAGAAGUUAGCACCAACUUAGGGCCACGAUUGCAAUCGUCAAUAGUUGCUUUUCACGAAACUUACAUAGCAGAAUGCAUGGAUCGUUUAAAGGCACAUUUUGAUACGGUGUCGAUAUUAAGGAAAGAAUCAUUAGAUAAUAAAGAAGAUAAAGACGAUAAUAUUGGGGAUGUUAUAAAAUCUGAAGCAGUGAAAAUGUGUCGUGUAAUGAAAGUUUUACAAGAAUACCUCAACGAGUGCGACAUGGUUUUUCCUGGCGAAAGAAAAAUUCUUCCUUUGCAUAGGGCUGCACGAGGCAAGCAUUUAUGUUUAAUUAUAAGAUUAGCUAAUAAUCCAGGACGCAACUAUGACGAUAUUGAAAUAUUUACCCAUACGAAUGAUACAUUGGCAUCUUUAAGACGUCAGUUAUUACGCAGAUUUAAGGCUAACGAUUCAAAUGUCAAAUUAGAUAUAUACACUAACGGCGAUUCAUUAGAACAGACCGAUGAUAGAAAACUCCUUUCUCAGAUUCCUUUGAGAGAUAAAAUGCUGUUAUCUGUCAAACUUAGUCAGACUAAUACCAACAUGCCUAGUUCUCCCGAUAGUAGUUCCGACAGUUCCACUAGUUCACCCCAUCAUCCGUACAGUAAAAUGGAAGGUUGUCAUCCAUCGAGUCAAGAAGCUGAAAGCAGUUUGCCAGGAGUGCUGCUAUCACAGAGCUCUCACUACAUUAACUUCUUAUUUCAAUUGGCCGAUUUGGGUUGUGUACUUGAACAUGCCCAAUUACGAGAUGGUGCGCGUCAUCUAUUGCAAUUAGUUCCUCCAGAUACUCUUACAGUGGCGCGACUUCAGUGGUUUUUCGGGCGCUAUAAAGAGGACGAAGUCCCGCAAAAUCCUAACAUCGACGAGUCAACCACCUCUGUUGGCUCAUUAUUUUUCACAGCAAGUCCAAGUCAAGUUUUAUAUAAUUUAGAGGUCCUGUAUGUUCUGUUGAUGCCAGCGCUUGAUCCUAUAUCCGAUAGGGCAUGCGAAUUCCAAUUGAACCUGAUAAAGAGCGGAGAGGCCGGAGUGAUACUGGAUAUGUUAACGAAAAACAAUUUCCUUUCCAAUGCGGAUGAGACGACGAAGAGAUCCGCUUACCUGACAGUUCUUAAACUGUGCAAGUUUUUGCUGACAGUAAUGGCAAACGUGAUGGGGCUUGUGAUGGAUGAUAUGCCCUUCACAAAUUCACUAGGCAAUCAUGACAAUCAAACGAACAAGCAAGUGCCGAUAAAGGUAUUGAAGCAGGCGCUGCACAGUGUGCCUAAUAAAAAUACCGAGUGCAUGCUGAGGUCGGUUGCGGUGAACCUCGCCAAAUUCCUCGCUAACGAUUUGCACAUGAGUGCCUCGGAGCUGGACAGGUGUAAGCAGCUGCUGCUCCAGGCGCUAUCAUGGGAGUUGCCGGAUGUGGCUACCAUUCGUGCCAUAAUUAGAUUAGCCUGGGCCGCAUCCAGCGGCAGUUUGAAUCACGUCAACGCGUCCUCUCAAGUUCUUCACGAGAUGCACGAGACCAAUGCCAAGGAGCAGAGAAAUCUAGAUAACAACGACGUGUUGGUUUGCAAAGAGGCAUUGGAGGUACUGACGAUAGCAUUAUUACUGAAUCCAAAAGCAUUGGAGGAUUUGACAAGAGACUGCAUGUUGCACAGUAUAGUUGAAAACGUCAUGUGGAACACGUUUUUAAUAGAUCUUGUGCUGGUCAGCACUUCGCGCGCGAUUCGUCAGACUGCUGCCGAGCAAUUUUUAUUAAUAUCCACGUGGUGUAGCAGCGCCCACCAGGCCCUCCAAUUUUUUAUCACUCGACUGCUCCCAGUUAUCAAUACCACUGUAAUGGAAUACGCCAAGCAGAGUCAUGAAUUUUUUCAACUUUUAUGUAAGCUGUUGGAUUACGCCAACAUAUCGGGAUGCCCACUGUCGUCAGCUGAAAAUUGGUUGAAUAUUGAAAUUGCGUGGCUGAAAGAUGUGCGCGAUCGCGUCCAAGAAACUGGAGACAGUCAGGUGGACGAGGCAAUUUUAGAGGGUCAUCUUGGCCUUACCAAGGAACUAUUGUCCUUCUUACCGUCGAUCAAGAAGUAUGAAUUGGGAUCCGACGAAAAGCGAGGCAUUAAACUAAUUAAGGAAUUGGUGCAGGACUUCAUAUUCCCGGCCUCGUGUUGCAUGCUGCAAUUGCGGAACACCAGGGAGUUGGGCUCCUCUCAGGCCUGUCCGGUCUGCAGUACACCCCAGUCGACCAACGCGGCCUUCGACUUGCUCGUAAAACUCUGUACGGGCUGCGUGCCUAACAUGAAUCUUCUAGUCAACAUGCUCAGCGACUUGUUCUACUCGGACAAGGACGAGCCUCUGGUCGAAUGGGACUACUUGCCGCCGGUCGGGCCGCGACCCCCUCAAGGCUUUGUCGGACUGAAGAACGCCGGCGCGACCUGCUACAUGAAUUCGGUGCUUCAACAGCUCUACAUGGUCGAGAGUAUCAGGGUAGGUCUGCUCGCGGCCGAGGGUGCGGCCACCGAUCUAAGCGAGGACUUCUCCGGCGAGGAGAGAGUCGAGGGCGAGCAGACGAUCGAGGCGACCGAUAACGACACCAACGAGGAGAAGUGCAGCGCCGACGAGUCGCGCAAGGAAUACAAUAUCGGCAUCCUUAAGCAGGUCCAGGCGAUCUUCGGACAUUUGGCGCACAGCAAGCUGCAGUACUACAUUCCUCGUGGGCUUUGGAAACACUUCAAGCUUCAGGGCGAGCCUGUUAAUCUUCGGGAGCAACAGGAUGCCGUCGAAUUUUUCAUGAGUUUGGUAGAAAGUUUGGACGAAGCUCUGAAAGCUCUAGGCCAUGAGCAAAUUAUGAGCAAGAUCCUUGGUGGUUCUUAUAGUGAUCAAAAAAUUUGCAAAGGUUGCCCACACAGGUACUCGAAAGAAGAGACUUUUAGCGUUAUAAGCGUGGAUAUUAGGAAUCAUAGUAACUUAUUGGAUUCUUUGGAGCAAUACGUCAAGGGAGAACUGCUCGAAGGGGCGGACGCGUAUCACUGUGAUAAAUGUAACAAAAAAGUUGUGACGGUUAAACGAUUGUGCGUUAAAAAAUUACCUCCAAUUCUGGCUAUCCAGUUAAAGAGGUUCGAAUAUGACUUCGAAAGAGUAUGUGCUAUAAAGUUCAACGAUUACUUCGAAUUUCCAAGAGAUCUCGAUAUGGAACCUUAUACGGUCUCGGGGCUCGCCAAAUUAGAAGGAGAGAUUAUAGACUGGGACCAUGACGAGGCAGUCAAAGGAACGUGUACUAAAUAUCAACUAACCGGCAUCGUUGUUCACAGUGGGCAGGCUAGCGGCGGUCACUACUUCUCUUACAUUUUACAUAGACAAAAUGAUGGGUCUGGAAAAUGGUACAAAUUUGAUGACGGAGAUGUGACAGAAUGUAAAAUGGAGGAAGAGGAGGAAAUGAAGUCACAAUGUUUUGGUGGCGAGUACGUAGGUGAAGUAUUUGACCACAUACUCAAGCGAAUGAAUUAUCGAAGGCAAAAACGAUGGUGGAAUGCUUAUAUGCUGUUUUAUACGAGAAACGACGUAGAACAAAGUUCCCAGUUAAAGAAAAUCAAUGAAUUGUCAUUGUAUACGAAAUUGGGAGUGUGUAAAAUGCCUCUAGCAAUCGAGUACAGCGUCAGGAAGCAGAACAUUAAAUUUAUGCACAAUCGAAAUCAAUUUAAUACCGAGUACUUUCAAUUUAUUAGAAAUCUUGUAUUGUGCAAUUCGUGUAUCAGUCGACCAAAUGAGAAAGUGAACCUUGAAAACGAAGAGUUAUCGAUGUUAUCCAUGCAAUUGGCAUCUAAAUUCCUAUUUUUUACUGGCUUUCAUACUAAAAAAACUUUACGAGGAACUGCAAAUGAUUGGCACGAUAUUUUGUGCCAUCAUUUAUUAGGAAGUAAAGCGGUUCGCUCGUGGUUUGCUCAUAAUAUUCUAUUUAAUCAUCCGCAAAGGUACUCCGAAUAUUUGUUGAUCUGCCCGAGUACAGAAGUAAGAAAUGUCUUUUUGAAAAUUUUAAUUUUCUUGGCUCACUUUUCCUUACAAGAUGGUCCAUGCUCACCUUCUCUAAAUGCCCCAAUUAUGUUAUUGGAUCCGACGGCAACACUGAGUGAUCAUAUUUUGCAUUCUGUGCUUAUGUUGUUACAUCGAGAAAUUGCGGAUCAUGCACGUCAUUUGCCGCACUAUUUUGCAUUAUUUCUUACCCAUUCAUCGAUUGGUUUGCCUCAAAAAUUGCAGCUCUUAAAGCUAAAUGUACCAGUGAUAUUUAUGUCGGUUGCAAUCGAGGAGGGGCCGGGUCCAACGAUCAAGUAUCAGUUUCUCGAAUUAACGAAGCUCCAUCAAGUGGUAAGCAACUUGAUUCGUUGCUGCGAUAUCUCGUCGAAAGCACAGUCGAGUAAUGCCCUGAACAAUGUACAAAUAUUGCCAAAUCCAUACGGGGAUCCAUCCUGCGGCCAGGAUUACCUUAUGCCGAUUCAGCCGGCUGCUGCCGAGAUUCUUUUUAAUCGUACCACUUAUAUGAAAAAGUUGAUGGAGGAUUCGAAUGUUACGGAAGAGAUGGUCAAGUUCUUGCAGUUCUGCUGCUGGGAGAAUCCGCACUUUUCGCGUGCCGUUCUAAGUGAAUUAUUAUGGCACAUCGGCUUUGAUUAUACACACGAACUGAAGCAUCAUACGGAUUUGCUCCUGGAUAUGCUUUUAAUAGAGGAUUCUUGGCAAAUGCACCGUGUACACAAUGCAUUAAAAGGUGUGCCGGACGAUCGCGAAGGUCUGUUCGAUACGAUACAAAAGAGUAGAAGCCUUUGUCAAAAACGGGCGUAUCAGUGUAUCAAAUGCAUAGUCCAGUUGCUUAGCAAGUGCAAGUUGGCGCAUCAAUUUUUGUUUCAAACCGUCGAAUUGAGAAAGAAGUGGUUACUGGCGAUCGAUUGGCUACAAGAUGAAUUGGAUAAGAGGCCUUAUACUUCGACCGCACCUUAUACGCACGCCUACAGCAAUUGGUCUCCACCAGCCCAGUCCAAUGACUCAAUUAACGGCUAUUACUUGGAGCGCAGUAGCAGUGCCAAGAGGAUUUUGGAAUUAGCAUUUGAGUUAUGUCCCGACGACGAACCCGAAGUCGAGGAUACGAGCGAAGAUGGGGUCGAAGAAGCAUCCGAAAGUUCUGGUCAAUUCGAUGAUUCUAUGAUGCAAAAAUUAGAAGACCAACAACGUUUGACUACCACGAGAUCCAUCGAUACCAUGUGUUAUCAGAUACGUCAGCAAUAUUGUUCGAACCGAAAGAAAAAACAAGAUUCAGAUCAACAGCACGAACAGCAGCAACAAGCACAAGAACAGCAGCAGCAGCAGCAGCAGCAGCAACAACAGCAGCAACAACAACAGCAACAACAACAGCAACAACAACAACCUGGACCAUCACCGGUCCAUAUAACUCACAUGUCUCAACAACACGGUCCUCAGAAUUGUGAAUCUUCAGCAAACACCAGUCAGGAUCCAUAAUGAAUACUGCACGUAAAUGUGUUAUGUGGGCCGCGCACUGCCUCCGUGAGAGCAGCUGGGAUUAUAUAAAAUUAACCGGGCCAGCGAGUUGAGCGCUGAGAAAGAUGCAACAAGUUGGCGUGUACAUACGGAGAUAAUAAGGGAACGAUACGAUAACCUGUCAUUCGCGACUCAAAGUUUUUUUUCUUUCUUCAGCCGGCGACCAUUGUUGUCGACCAGAAACGCUUUUGGUGCCGCCCGAUACCAUUAUGAUUCACGUGCGUCAGCUAAUCGCAAUUCCCUAAGAAUAUAUAAAGCUAUGUGCAAAACAUGACGAAAGAGAAUGAUGUUUAAGGGCGCAGAGUU